AGUCAAACCUGUACUUAUGUGAGAGUGCGCAAGAGGCCGGGCCCAAAAGGCCCUCGAUCGGCCACAACUCGCAAGAUUGAGGAAAUCCAGCAACUUCCUCCGUCUAGCAAGAUGACGGCACUUCAGAGCCCGAGGGCACUCUGCUCCCCCGAUUCGCGCAUCUCCAUCACCAACUAUUGCACUGUACUUGACAUCUUCCAGGCGCAUUUGUAUGACAUAUGGCCAAUAGUCGACGCGGAAGAUCUCAAAGCACAGCUGUGUGGUGACAAAAAGAUCGAUCCCAGUUCUCAUGCUCUGGCAGCAGCCCUGUGUGCCGCAACGUUGGCACAAACCCGACUCUGGCUUACACAGGAUCCAUGCCCGGAGGGUCUGGCUGUGACAGCUCACGAAUUCGCGAAGGAAUGUCUACGAGUCCGACUGGAACACAGCCACAACCAAGCACCAUCCCUCGAAGCUCUGGUGACAUCAGUGUUUCUGCACAUGUACUAUGCCAAUCAAGAUCAGGUCACACCGGCUACCAUCUCGCUUCGUGAAGCUAUUACUUAUGCGGAUCUGAUGCAUCUGUGUCGCCAUGCAUCGCCUGAUGCAACACAAUCUAAACAAUGGCAAUUGGAGCUCCGGUGCUACUGGGUUCUUUUCAUCACGGAGAGGACAUUCUGCAUCCAACAUGACCUCCCAGUUACUCUAUACAGGACGCCCAAUCUUCCCGAAGUUGAUCACAACAGCCCGCAGGGCGAUCUAUACGCUGGCUUCUGCACCCUCGUUCAGCUUUUCCAUCACAUCCGACGCCCUCUGGGCCUCCCUGCCACUAAUAGCAAGGCUAUCGCAGCGCCAGAAACGUAUUCCAAGAACUCAAUAUCGGAGAUUCAACGUCGUAUCGAGGUCAAACAGCCUGGACUUGAGCUUAGAUCCGAGAUUCAAUAUGCGGAUAUUCUAACUACUUCUGCAUGGAUCCGUUCUCUACUAUGGCAAUACUCUGCCUCGCAUUUCAUGCUUUCAUCCGCGACCUCAACAGAGCCAUUGUCAUUUGAAUACCCACUUUCUAUUGCGCGGGAUUAUCUAGCCUCUGUUUCUCAUGUUUCUAUUGAAUCAGUCCGUAGCCACGGAUAUGGAAUGGUCUGUCCCCCCUCCCCACUAAAGAUUCCUUUCCCAAUAAAUAACCACUACUAA